AUGUGCCAGCAGAGCCUGCUGGGGGACUGUGAGCCCUGUCCCCAGGGCAGGAAGCUGGGCAACAACAGGAGGGCCUUCUCCAAUGCUCAGUUUCAUGAAGAACCCAAGCCUGGAGACCUGAUUGAGAUUCUCCGCAUCGACUCCUCGCACUGGGCCCUCUAUGUGGGCGGUGGUUAUGUGGUCCACCUGGCUCCCCCAGGGGAGAACUCUGAGGCUGGCGCCCCCACCGGCUUAGGGGUGGUGAAAAGGCAGCUCCUGGCAGAAGUGGUGGGAAACUGCUCCUAUGAGGUCAACAACCACUUGGACCAUCUGUACAAACCACGGCCCAUAAAGGAGAUGCUCAGAUCUGAGAAGGAGAUGGUUGGUAAGGAGUUGGAGUACAGUGAUCUGAGCAGGAACUGUGAGCGCUUUGUCACUGAUCUGAGAUAUGGCAAAGCCCACAGCCGGCAGGGAAAGUCUGGGCCAACCCUGGACCAUGACACAUCUGCUAAGGCUCCAGAGAGCACUCUAAUGAGAGAUUCUCAAGGUCUGUGGCCUGUGUAA